AUGUCCGAAAUUCCUCUCCCUACCACAUUCAGCAAUCGCGAUGAGCUGACACCACACGUCCUACAAGACGUGAAGAUCCUCGUGGUACCAGGACCCCAGAACGUGUUCACCGAUGACGAGCUGUCCUGUCUUAAGAGCAUGGUCGAACGCGGGGAUUCUGUACUCGUCGCCAUGACUGACGGCGGCGAAGAAAAAAUGAAUACGAACAUUAACUUCUUUUUAGAGGAAUACGGUAUUGUUGUUAAUAACGAUUGCGUGAUCCGCGCGAAGUACCACAAAUUUUAUCAUCCGAAAGAAUGCCACAUAUCCAGCGGUAUACUGAACCGGGCUGUGUUAAAGUACAUCAUGAAGAUGCCUAAUUACACAAGCGAGUCUGAUGAUUUCUUAGAAGAACCAGCCACACCAAACUUCGUUUAUCCAUACGGCGCGACUCUCACAGUGAAGAAACCAGCUGCGGCGAUCCUCUCCAGCAGUGACGUCUGCUACCCAGUCAAACGGCCUGUCGCUGCCUUGUACACCUCGGAUAAGUCUGGAGGCAAACUAUUCGUAAUCGGCUCCGGCCACUUCUUCUCGGAUCAGUAUCUCGAGAUCGAGUGCAACGACCUCAUCCGCGAGAUGAUCUUCAACCACCUCGGCGGGCAGGCUGACUUGCAUCUCAACCCUGUGGAUGUUGAAGACCCUGACAUUAAUGAAUACAGAACGCUAGGUGAUAUGCUAUGGCUGAGCACUAUCCCUCUGCCCGAACCUGCGACGGCGCCACCUCCACGUCUCACACCUCUACAUCCACACGCUCUCUUCACUUGGAAACUGUUUUCCCUCAACCUAGCGCAGUUGCCAGAAGUACUAGGACUGUAUGACGCUUUAGGCGUCAAACAUGAACCCUUGCGUUUGAUCGCUCCACAGUUCGAGACACCGUUUCCGCCUCUGCAGUUAGCGGUUUUCCCUCCGACAUUCCGCGAGCUGCCUCCUCCUCCAUUAGAACUAUUCGACCUGGACGAGGCGUUCAGCUCUGAACGCUCCCAGCUCGCCAGGCUCACUAACAAAUGCUUACAACCUGCUAAUGCGAGAAUGGGACAAGGUGACGGUCGACAGCUGGAAAACGAGCUCGAAUAUUUCGUACGCGAGUGCGGCCGCGUCGUACGAUUGUCCAGAGCGCAACCGAUCGACGACGCUCCAGCUGGAAAAGUGAUAUUGCACCAACUCGCGGUGCAGCUUGCUACUUAUAAAAAGAUAGCUCCUAGAGAUUAAAAAAAAAUCAGCCUAUAUACACUGUCAAUUGUAGAAUAUUAAC